UUAUUUUCUAAGAAGCUUUAUUAUUCUUCUGGAAAGAGCGUAAGAUAUUACAGAUCAAUUGGUUGUUGUUGUUGUUGCCGACGACGCGUCUUCGUUCUCUUUCAUUGCAAUUUGAAACCUUUUUUUGUAUUUCUCCGUCUCUGAUCUUCAAUCUCGUCUUCAUCCAUUGUGAUCGAUAAAAAACAUGGCUACAGCUGGAAACAAGAACAUCAACGCGAAACUGGUGUUACUUGGAGAUGUUGGCGCUGGAAAAUCAAGUCUUGUGUUACGUUUUGUUAAAGAUCAGUUUGUUGAGUUCCAGGAAUCAACUAUAGGAGCAGCUUUUUUCUCACAAACGUUAGCUGUUAACGAUGCGACUGUGAAGUUUGAGAUAUGGGAUACAGCUGGUCAGGAACGGUACCAUAGUUUGGCUCCAAUGUACUACAGGGGUGCCGCUGCUGCAGUUGUUGUCUUUGACGUUACAAAUCAAGCCUCGUUUGAGAGGGCAGUGAAAUGGGUUCAGGAACUGCAAGCACAAGGUAACGCUAAUAUGGUUGUGGCCCUUGCUGGAAAUAAAUCUGAUUUAUUAGAAGCAAGGAAGGUGACUGCAGAGGAGGCACAAACAUAUGCUCAGGAGAACGGUCUCUUCUUCAUGGAAACUUCAGCGAAAACUGCAGCUAAUGUCAAAGAGAUAUUCUAUGAAAUAGCAAGAAGGUUACCGCGAGUACAGCCGACAGAAAACCCUACAGGAAUGGUUCUACCAGACAGGGCCAUGGAUAGGACAGUGAGUUCAUCUUGUUGUGCUUAGUUAUAUGUAAUGUAGUGACACACACUUCUCUUAUAAAAGACCUUUUGGUGAGUCACUAUGGAGUGUUAUGGACUUAUGUGUUUGCAUAUCUUUGCUUUGUUCUGCUUCUGAACAUUUAAUUAACCAUUGAAGAAGAUUGUUCAUGAAAAUAAUCAAAAUAGUAUAAGCUUUAACACAGGACUUUGUAAUCACAGCAAGAAUGAAUAUAUAUUAGAAUUCGUGACUUUUUCAUAUACUAGUAGAAUGACAUACGCUGGAUUACUAGAAAAGAAAAUUAGGAAAUUAGUUUCUAAGCUAGGUCAAAAAGCAAAAGCUAGGUCAGAUGAAAAAGAUGAAACGGAUGCCCAGAGUUGAAACAGAUGUCUAUAGGUAAGACAAAUGUAAGCCAUUUUGAGACGACAAGGCUAUGAAGCUGUUACCAUUUGAAGAAAGGAGGGAUGAAUUUGUGUUGCCGUUAUGUUUUGA